GGGCAUAUAGGUUGACACAACUACAGUAUUAUUCAACAGCGUUGAAGACGUACGUGUUAACUCCGCUGGAAGUUCAUAUGUUGAUUCCACUGGCGGUAUCGGUGUUGGUUCAACUAAAGGAGUAUGUGUUGACACCACCGAAGGCGUACGCGUUGACUUCGUUGAAGGACUAUGUGGCGACUCUGUUGAACGUGUACGUGCUGACUCCGCUAGAAGUGUAUAUGAUGCUUCCACUGUAGA